AUGAAGAGACUCCUCGUUCUUUGCGACUGCCUCUGGGCCUGGAGCCUGCUGCUGAAUGCACUGACUGAAAGAAGCUAUGGACAAACCUCAUCGCAAGAUGAACUUAAAGACAACACCACAGUAUUUACCAGGAUAUUGGAUCGCCUGCUGGACGGUUAUGAUAACCGCCUGAGACCAGGACUGGGAGAGCGUGUAACUGAAGUGAAGACUGACAUCUUCGUCACCAGCUUUGGGCCUGUUUCAGACCAUGAUAUGGAAUACACUAUAGAUGUAUUUUUCCGCCAAAGCUGGAAAGAUGAGAGAUUAAAAUUCAAAGGACCUAUGACUGUUCUCCGGUUAAACAAUUUAAUGGCCAGCAAAAUUUGGACACCUGAUACCUUUUUCCACAAUGGAAAGAAGUCAGUGGCUCAUAAUAUGACGAUGCCAAAUAAAUUACUGCGAAUUACAGAGGAUGGGACACUGCUGUACACAAUGAGAUUGACUGUGAGAGCAGAAUGUCCAAUGCAUUUAGAAGACUUUCCUAUGGAUGUGCAUGCUUGCCCCUUGAAAUUUGGAAGCUAUGCUUAUACCAGAGCAGAGGUUGUGUAUGAAUGGACACGAGAACCAGCAAGGUCAGUGGUGGUGGCUGAAGAUGGCUCUCGACUGAACCAAUAUGAUCUGCUUGGACAAACUGUGGACUCUGGAAUCGUUCAGUCCAGCACAGGGGAAUAUGUUGUUAUGACUACACAUUUUCACUUGAAGAGAAAGAUUGGUUACUUUGUCAUUCAGACUUAUCUGCCAUGCAUCAUGACAGUGAUACUGUCACAGGUGUCCUUCUGGCUCAACAGAGAAUCUGUUCCAGCAAGAACUGUAUUUGGAGUGACAACUGUCCUAACAAUGACCACGCUGAGUAUCAGUGCGAGGAAUUCACUCCCUAAGGUGGCUUAUGCCACUGCCAUGGAUUGGUUUAUAGCUGUGUGCUAUGCCUUUGUGUUUUCUGCACUCAUCGAAUUUGCAACAGUGAAUUACUUCACAAAGAGAGGUUACGCAUGGGAUGGCAAAAGUGUUGUUCCUGAAAAGCCAAAGAAGGUGAAGGAUCCUCUCAUUAAGAAAAAUAACACGUACACAGCUGCAGCUACAAGCUACACCCCUAAUAUUGCAAGGGACCCUGGGCUGGCAACCAUUGCUAAAAGUGCAACGAUAGAGCCCAAAGAAGUUAAGCCAGAAACGAAGCCUGCAGAACCCAAGAAAACUUUUAACAGCGUCAGCAAAAUUGAUCGGCUAUCAAGAAUAGCUUUCCCACUGCUUUUUGGAAUCUUUAAUUUAGUCUAUUGGGCUACCUAUUUAAACCGGGAGCCUCAGUUAAAAGCCCCGACUCCACAUCAAUAA